UGUUCUUGUACCAUUUUGAAUUUGCUGAUUUUUAAGAUGUAUGAAUGUAUUCUCAGGGGCUGUUACUUCCAAGAAGGAUAUGAGGUGAAGAUGGACAUGAGAGUUGAGAGCGCAUACCGGAAGUCCUUAGAAACAGUGGUAGAAUGGAUACAUAGUGCAGUGAAUACUACCAAGACACAGGUCUUUUUUCGGACAUAUUCCCCCGUACAUUUCAGGGGUGGAGAUUGGAGAUCCGGAGGAACCUGUCACUUGGAGACCCUUCCAGAUCUCGGUUCUUCAUUAGUGCCAUCCCACACUUGGGCUCAAUAUAGCAUAUUUGCCAAUGUAAUGUCAAGUCACCGGAACAAAUUAGAUUUGAGCACACUAAAUAUAACUCAUAUGUCGGCAAGAAGGAAAGACGGGCAUUCUUCUUUAUAUUACUUGGGUCCAAGCAUUGGUCCUGCCCCUGUUCGUAGACAGGAUUGUAGCCAUUGGUGCUUGCCUGGAGUCCCUGAUGCAUGGAACGAGCUACUCUAUGCUCUCCUACUAAAGCAUAACUCCAAGAAAAAUACAAAUUCAUCAACAUUUCAUGCACUAGCAGUAUGAUAUGGCGAAGUGUAGAAGUUUAUUUCGCAAGAUCAUCCGUGCAUGUAUCGGGCCGAGCAAAUAUCUGAUUGUAGGGUUAUCAGAAAUCUUGAUACAUUUUUUUAUUUAUUUCACAAAUAGAAGUCCUAGGUUUAGGGCAAGUUAGGAACAGAAUUUUUAGAUAAAUUGAGCAUAAAGACAGAAUUUCAUUUUUUUU